AUGGGUUCAACCACGACACAGAUUUUAUACGCGCUUACUGUCGCUACUGCUCCGGCUAGACCAGCCCCAGAGGAUGCAUCAAAAAAGAGCCAUCAUGCUGCAUCUGGCUUCAGGAAUCCAUGGGACUCAUGGCGGGAUGUGAGUCUCAAAAGUGUAGGAGAGGUCAUGAUGCGCCGAUUGUCCGGUAAAGCCAAUGUCCCCGAUACAAGUGGUCCUACAGUCCCUGUUCGAAACCCCGAAUUCCUUCCUAGCCGCGAUACCCCAAAAUUACGCGCAACAUGGUUGGGCCAUGCUGCCUACUAUAUCGAAUUCCCCAGUGGCCUUCGAGUCCUUUUUGACCCAGUCCUCGAGGAGCGAUGCGGACCGUACAACCUGCUAGGGCCUAAACGCUACACGGAUGCACCCUGCAAGCCCACCAAUAUCCCAUUGAUCGAUGCCGUUAUUAUUUCACACAAUCACUACGACCAUUUAUCAUACCACACAGUCACAGCAAUCGCAAAGAAGCAUCCCCACUGCCACUUUUUUGUCCCACUUGGUAAUAAGUCGUGGUUCCAAAGCUGUGGCAUUGAGAAGGUCACCGAGCUGGACUGGUGGGAGGAGUGUGACAUUACCUUAUCUCCAAAAACCAUGGAAACCAAGGUAGACGCAGUGGGUGAAGGCCAUCCGAAGGCCUCGGAAAUCACCGCCCGGCUCAGUUCCGUGCCUUGUCAACACGUCAGCGCCCGUGGUCCUUUUGACAGGUACAAGACUCUGUGGUGUUCUUGGGCUUUAGAAUCCGAGGGCAAGAAAGUAUACUUCGCAGGAGACACUGGAUACCGACCAGUUCCCGAGCUUCCUGAAGGUGAGGAUGAUCAUGACCCGAAGUACGAUUUCCCUGUCUGCCCUGCAUUCAAGCAAGUUGGUGAGUUCCGGGGUCCAUUUGAUCUUGGAUUGAUUCCGAUUGGUGCAUAUGCUCCUCGUCAUGUGUGGAGUCCUGCACACGCUGAUCCACAUGAUGCGGUCUCAAUCUUCCAGGAUACCAAGUGCAAGAACGCAUUGGGUAUUCACUGGGGAACUUGGGUUCUGACCGAGGAGGAUGUUCUUGAGCCUCCCGAGAAGCUGAAGACUGCAUUGAAGCAGUUUGGUCUUCCCGAGAAGGGUGUUUUUGAUGUGGUUGACAUUGGUGAAAGCCGAGAGUAUUGA